AUGGAUCCCGCUUCGUACUGUGAACCAAAUCUGACCAUCGAAGAUAUUACAUAUCAAGUUUACAAAUUUGAAGAGGCAGACCUAUGGCUGGAAGCUCAUGAGAAGCAUUUGGAGCAGUCACCACCAACAGAAAUGGAGUUUUACCCAGUACCACCAACACCGCAGUACCACCUUGUACCAGCCAAGAAACCUCAACAAGGCUCUACCUUAGCGACCCCGCUGUUUCGGCCGGAAAUAAAUCUAAAGUACCCGCCUUUUUCAAGACAAUAUCACCCCGCACCAACUCAGUACCACCCCGCAUCAAAUCAGUACCAUCCCGCACCAAAUCAGUACCAUCCCGCACCAACUCAGUACCAACCCGUACCAACUCCAUACAAGUCGCAGCUACCAAAACCUCAAUAUUCGCUGGUUCAACACAAAUACCGGCCAAUUCAACUCCCUGACGUCACCAAACCUCCCCCCAUGUAUAACAUACCAGUUGCUGCUGUCGCCCCCGUGCAGUAUGUGGCAGACCAAUGGCUGGAAGCUCAUGAGAAGCAUUUGGAGCAGUCACCACCAACAGAAAUGGAGUUUUACCCAGUACCACCAACACCGCAGUACCACCUUGUACCAGCCAAGAAACCUCAACAACGCUCUACCUUAGCGACCCCGCUGUUUCGGCCGGAAAUAAAUCUAAAGUACCCGCCUUUUUCAAGGCAAUAUCACCCCGCACCAACUCAGUACCACCCCGCACCAAAUCAGUACCAUCGCGCACCAACUCAGUACCAACCCGUACCAACUCCAUACAAGUCGCAGCUACCAACACCUCAAUAUUCGCUGGUUCAACACAAAUACUGCCCAAUUCAACUCCCUGACGUCACCAAACCUCCCCCCAUGUAUAACAUACCAGUUGCUGCUGUCGCCCCCGUGCAGUGGUUGCUUCUUCACAAGGGCUUCGCCCGCGACGGGGAGACGCCCUCGGGGCUAUGCCCCCUUGGCGUGGUCGCACUCGCCGCCCGCGAAAGCGGGCGUGGCACGGGGGUGGGACACGGCGGGCGAGAUCGCCCCUCCGUGAGCCCGAUGGUCGAAGCCAACGCCACGCACUACAGCAAGCUUGCGCGGCGGGGGCUGAAUCAUUAG